AUGCUGCCCAAUGGCACCGGUAGCUCCCAUCACGAUUCAAGACCCGUGUCGGCCAACACCGCCUCGAGCUUCGACUUUGCGAACCGGCCGCCUGUUCAAUACCACAUGAAUACGCUGCCUUCCAACGUCGUGGGCAAUCUCUCACGAACAGAUCAGAUUGUCUUGAGACAUUUCUGGGAGUCCAAGUAUGCCGAAAACAAGGCUAGAGACCUGCAUUUCCUCAAAUUUCCGUAUUUCCCACAAUACCCCGGCCACCAGGAUCUCAUUCCAUAUUGCGAAAUCUAUCACUUGGUCAAGACGUCGCCGGGAGCGAAGAUACUUGGCUUGGGUAGUGCCAACGGUGUCUACAUCGGCUUCGAACUCUUUUCCGGUUCGCAACUGCACAUCGACAUGGACGAUGCCUGGCACAACAUCUCUCACCAUCGCGUGAGUUUCAAGUCCUACGAGAAAAUGCUCAAAGACCCAGCUUCGGACGCCGCGUUCAAAUCAUGGCCGAAGCCUCUGACCAUCGAGUUUCUCGAGGAGCAAUACCAACGCUGGAUGUUGGACCUGACUGCUUUCUGCUGGGAUACAGAAGAAGUCACGGAGUUGGGAAGUGCGGCCGGUGGGGGGAGUGUCCAUGGCGACAUGAAGGGCGAGAUGUUGUGA